GUCGCCGCCGCGGCCGCCGCCCGCCGUUCCCUCCGCGGCCCCGGGGUGAGCCCGGCCUCCCCGCGAGGAAGGAGGGGGAGAUGCCCAAAAAAAAGACGGGCGCGCGGAAGAAGGCAGAGAACCGCCGGGAGCGGGAAAAGCAACUGAGAGCGUCCAGAAGCACCAUCGAUUUAGCCAAACACCCUUGCAAUGCUUCCAUGGAAUGUGACAAGUGUCAGAGGCGGCAGAAGAAUAGAGCGUUCUGCUAUUUUUGUAAUUCUGUACAGAAGUUACCUAUUUGCGCACAGUGUGGGAAAACAAAAUGCAUGAUGAAGUCGUCGGACUGUGUCAUCAAGCACGCUGGGGUGUACAGCACUGGCCUGGCCAUGGUGGGUGCAAUCUGUGACUUCUGUGAAGCUUGGGUCUGCCACGGUAGGAAAUGUCUCAGCACCCACGCCUGCGCUUGCCCUCUGACUGACGCCGAGUGCGUGGAGUGUGAGCGAGGCGUCUGGGACCAUGGAGGCAGGAUCUUCAGUUGUUCAUUUUGUCAUAACUUCCUGUGUGAAGAUGAUCAAUUUGAACAUCAAGCCAGUUGCCAGGUUUUAGAAGCGGAAACAUUUAAAUGUGUGUCAUGCAAUCGGCUUGGUCAGCACUCCUGCCUCCGUUGUAAGGCUUGUUUCUGUGAUGAGCAUACAAGGAGCAAGGUAUUUAAGCAGGAGAAAGGAAAACAGCCUCCUUGCCCUAAGUGUGGACAUGAAACUCAGGAGACCAAGGACCUCAGCAUGUCAACGCGUUCCCUCAAGUUUGGCAGGCAGACUGGGGGUGAAGAGGGCGACGGAGCCUCUGGGUAUGAUGCCUAUUGGAAGAACCUUUCAUCUGAGAAGUAUGGUGACGCUGCCAGCCACCAGGAAGAGGAGGAGGAUGAGUAUGAGGCAGAGGAUGAUGAAGAGGAUGAAGAUGAAGGUGGAAAGGAUUCAGAUGCUGAGUCAUCAGAUUUGUUCACUAAUUUGAAUUUAGGAAGGACCUAUGCCAGCGGCUACGCCCACUACGAGGAACAGGAGAACUAGGAGAGCUGCUGGCCCGCCGGGCCCUGCCCUCAAGGGAGCGGGGACGUGUGUGCUUGAUGGAUUGUGGCUGUUCCUGAGUACAUGCACUUGCCUUGUGAAAAAGACAGUCUCGCUUCCUGGGGCAUGGAGUAGGGCCUAGGAUUUUCAUAGGAACUGAUCGUCAGGCUUUUGCAUAGGAAAAAUGAUUUUCAAAUGUCAGAUGUUUAUUAAUCAAACAAUUAAAGCAUCAUGAAUUGGAUUUUUACUGAUAACAGUAAUCUAGUAGGUUUUGCCAGUUAUAUACCUAUACAGGAUAAAAGAAUAGGAUGGUAAUAUAUUUAAAAGUAAAUUUCAAAUUUGAUGGUUUUAUCAAAAAACACUGCUUAUGAAUUCAUGCUGUCUGAUUUUGUAAAAUGAAAUGGGUAAAAUGAAUUAUUGUAUUUUUCCUUGUACAUCCACAGGAUAAAAGUCAGAUGUUAUAUUCUAAAUUUUCAUUAAAUAUUCAUGUAAUCUUAAAUGGUCAUGAUGUGUAUGUUUUAGCAGUUGACCCACUUCUUUUUCCACAAUGUAUGUCUUUCUCCACAGAAUAAUAACGGGAAGAGGACCUGUUUUUAAUGCCUAAAUGUAUGGACAAAGGUGGCUACUCUGCCAUUUUUCAGAGACACAGAAUUCGAAAUAGUAUCACUUCACAGAGUCUUCACCCAGGAAAUUUCAGUUCUUUCUGAAUAAAUCUAGUAUUUCACUUUCA